GUGUCUUUCAGCCACAGCUCUCUCCCUCCUUCUCCUUCUUCUUCUCAAGAAACAGACAGAAAGAAAAACAGAAAAUGAUCGAAGCUUCUGUGUAUAUACCAGGAACAGCAAUUUCAGACCAAUUUGAUUAGUACUCCCUUUUCCAAUUGAAAGGAUUAGGUUAAAUCCUCAAAACCCAUCUUCAGGAAGUGGGCUUUCCAUUAAAACCUGUUUAUAUUUCUUAGAAGUGGCGAUCUUCUGUUAUACGUAUGCUCUCAGCUCCUAUUUGGGUUUAACUCAAAUCCACGUCUCUGAAUUCAGUUCCAAUGUUUUUUGGAAAAAAAAUUUGGUUGAUUUAUUAGCCAAAAUUCGAUGGCUACUUCACCCCCACCACCGAACACUCGUGCGUCUUGUUCAGACAGAAGACCUUCAUUUUCUUCCCCAGUAACAACCGGAUUUUCCCCGCAGAGAUCCCCACAAGACUCACGCCUUUCACCAGCUAAUGGCAUCAAAACCAGAAGUCCAAUUCCUCACUUCAUUAUUCCUCCCCGUCCAUCACCCACUCCUCAAUUCAGUACUCCCCCAGGUCUGCCUCCAGCUCCUCAAUUCAAUACUCCCCCUGGUCCACCUCCAGUUCCUCAAUUCAAUACUCCCCCUGGUCCGUCUCCAGUUCCUCAAUUCAAUACUCCCCCUGGUCUGUCUCCAGUUCCUCAAUUCAGUACUCCACCCCGUCUGUCUCCUCUUCCUCAAUUCAAUACUCCCCCAGGUCCGCCUGUCUUUUCCUCACCACUCAAGCCAGCAGCAGUGCCUUUUCGGACACCUGCAUCACCUGAGCCAGUUUCCUUUUCUUCCUCUAGUUUGCCGUUGCCAACAUCUUCUCUUCUACCUCAUUCGAAUGGGUCAGCCGGGUCGUGGUCACACGCCUCUUCUUCUACAGCCGAGUCAACGAUCAAUGGGGCAUCACCGUAUGUCCUAUUCUCUGCUCACAAGGUCUUGAAACAGAAAAGGCUAGCAAAUAUCUCGAGCUUGGGAUUUGGUGCAUUGGUUUCUCCCGGUAGGGAGAUUGCACCAGGUCCUCAAAUAGUACAGUGUGACCCACAUCGUUGCGAAAACUGCGGAGCUUAUUCAAAUCUAUAUUGUAGUAUUAUUCUUGCCUCAGGGAAGUGGCAGUGUGUAAUUUGCAAAAACCUAAAUGGGUGUGAAGAACAAUAUGUAGCGGCUAGCAGGGAAGACCUUGGAAACUGGCCGGAACUCUCAUCCCCAAUGGUUGAUUAUGUUCAGCCUGGAAGCAUACGUUCUGGGUUUGUUCCAGUAUCCGAGUCAAGAAUGUCUGCACCCAUUUUUCUGGUUAUAGAUGAGUGCUUGGAUGAAGCCCACCUUCAGCAUCUCCAGAGCUCCUUGCAUGCUUUUGUUGAUUCCCUCUCCCCAAGUACAAGAAUCGGAAUCAUUUCAUAUGGUCGGACCGUAUCGGUUUAUGACUUCACACAGGGAUCUCUGGCAUCUGCAGAUGUGCUUCCGGGCAACAGAUCACCAACUCAAGAGUCAUUGAAUGCGUUGAUUUAUGGGGCUGGUGUUUACUUGGCACCUAUUCAUGCAUCGCUUCCUGUUGCACACACUAUAUUCUCAUCUAUGAGUCCCUACAAACUGAAGUUGCCUGAAGCAUCAAGGGACCGAUGCAUUGGUACGGCAGUGGAGGUCGCACUUGCCAUAAUUCAAGGGCCCUCAGCAGAAAUGGGUUGUGGGGUGGUUAAAAGGUCAGGGGGUAAUUGCAGAAUCCUGGUAUGUGCUGGUGGUCCAAAUACGUAUGGUCCUGGAUCAGUUUCCCAUUCAUUUGUUCAUCCCAACUAUCCAUAUAUGGAGAAAACAGCACUGAAUUAUAUGGAACGCGUUGGUCAUGAGGCUCAUCGGCACAACACAGUGGUCGAUAUUCUAUGCGCUGGAACGUGUCCGGUAAGAGUUCCUGUUUUGCAGCCUCUUGCAAAAGCUUCUGGCGGUGUGCUGGUUCUUCACGAUGAUUUUGGGGAGGCUUUUGGCAUGAAUUUGCAAAGGGCGUCUACAAGGGCAGCAGGUUCUCAAGGAUUGCUUGAGAUACGUUGCUCGGAUGAUAUUCUUGUAACUCAUGUCAUAGGGCCAUGUGUAGAGGCACCUUCAGAUGCUUAUGAAACUUUCAAAAAUGACAAUGCUACUUGCAUUCAAAUGCUAAGUGUUGAAGAAACUCAGAGCUUCACGCUGUUCAUGGAAGCAAACGAUGACAUUAAGAGUGACCAUAUUUUCUUCCAGUUUGCAGUCCAUUAUUCGAAUGUCCGCCAAGCCGACGUUUCUAGAGUGAUUACUGUCAGGUUGCCAGCAAUGGAUAGCAUAUCAUCCUAUCUCGAGAGCAUUCAAGAUGAGGUGGCUGCAGUUCUCAUUGCUAAGAAGACUGUCUUGCAAGCCAAAACUUCUUUGGAUGCAGUAGAUAUGCGGCUAACCAUAGACGAAAGGGUGAAGGAUGUGGCUUCAAAAUUUGGGCACAAACUACCGAAGUCAAAGCUCUAUCAGUUCCCCAAGGAGCUUUCUUCGCUGCCAGAGAACUUGUUCCAUCUUAGAAGGGGACCUCUUUUAGGAAGUAUCAUCGGUCAUGAAGAUGAAAGAUGUGUCUUGAGAAAUUUGUUCUUGCAUGCACCAUUCGAUUUGUCGCUCCGGAUGGUCGCACCUCGCUGCCUAAUGCAUCGUGAAGGAGGCACAUUUGAGGAAUUGCCGGCAUAUGAUCUUGCCAUGCAGUCUGAUGUGGCAGUCGUGCUUGACCAUGGAACGGAUGUUUUCAUUUGGUUGGGUGCUGAGCUUGCGACUCAAGAAGGGAGAUGUGCGGCUGCUUUAGCAGCUUGUAGAACAUUAGCAGAAGAGCUCACGGAGCAUCGGUUUCCCGCUCCCCGGAUCCUUGCAUUCAAAGAGGGAAGCUCUCAGGCUCGGUACUUCUCUUCUCGGCUAAUACCUGCCCGCAAAGAUCCUCCUUACAAUCAGGAAGCAAGAUUCCCUCAGCUGCGAUCAUUGACGACAGAACGAAGGGCCAGGUUAAAGAGCAGCUUCCUUCACUCAGAUGAUUUUAGUUUCUGCGAGUGGAUGCGUAGCCUGAAACUUGUGCCGCCCGAACCAGCCUAACGAGUGGAGGAUGAUGAAAUUUUAACGGCUUUUUCUUUUCUUUUCUUUUCUUUUAAAAUAUAUGAAGUCACAGCGGAAUCAAGUGUACCAUGUUUAGAAUGUGUAUAAAUUCAAGCAAGCAUGUUUUAUGGAAGUACAGUUUUGAUUUCUGAGACCCACCUGUAGAUACCAUGUCUUCCAAUUUUUUGAGGUUCUGAAUAAAAUUGAAGAAAGCUUUCAUUC